CUGGGACGCCUCAAGCACCUGCUAGAAUAGAGUUAACGCCCUUAGUUGCCAUGUAGACUAGGUUCCUGUCUACAGGAUGCCGCGCAAAGUAUAAGCGGUGCCAGUUUCGCUGUAAGCACCUUCCGAUAAGGACAGAGUGAAUGAUCAGAAGUCCUCGUCAGAUCAAUUUCAUAAUCAGAGCCAUUCAGAGCAACCUCCAUCAUAGAAUACACCCAUGUCAGCUCGCCUCGUUCUGUGUGCAGGCAUCAGUUGACAAUUUUACAUUCCCAAGCAAUAAGCCAUCUCUUAUCCAUCUUAACUGUUACAACUCUUUUUCAAAUCAAUAUAGAUUCUUUUGUACUGACUUCAUAAUGUCAGAAAAUAGAUAUAUUGUUGGAUAUGCAAAACUUGGUACAUCAAGUUGUAAGAAAUGCAAACAGAAAAUUGAAAAGGGAGGGUUAAGAAUUGGAAAGGUUGUGUCAAACCCGUUUAGUGACGAAGGGGGUGACAUGAAACAGUGGCACCAUCCUGCCUGCAUCUUCGAGACGUUUGUCCGGGCCAGAGCAGCAACGAAGAAGAUAGAGGAUCCUGAUGAUGUGGAGGGGUUUGAUGAUCUGCAACAGGAGGACAAGGAUGCCAUUCAGAAACUCAUUGAUGACUUCUUGGCCAAGUCGAGUGCGAAGGGUAAAGGCAAGACCCCCAAAAAGGCUGCUGCCCAAAGCAAGCUUCCCUUCUCCCCACCGAAGGUGAAAAAGGAGGAGGGAGACAGUUUUGAUGCAGGUCCUUCUACAAACUUGGAUGCUAAUGGCCUGGUGCCACCCAAGUUCGCGGAUGCUGAUACAGAGAGGGACAACUCAUUCCGACAGUUCCGCCGCCUCUGUGCCGAUAUUGCUGAGGAAAACAGCUACACUGGCAAGACGGCUCUUGUGUCCAACUACCUAAGGAAGGGAAACAGUGGGACCGGGUACAAGGGUGAUGUCUAUCUGUUGAUGAAGCUGUUGUUGCCGGGCGUUGUCAAGACCGUGUAUAAUCUCAACAACAAACAACUCGUCAAGCUGUUCAGUCAGAUAUUUGGUACAAGUCUAAAAGCAAUGGUGGAGGAUCUAGACCAGGGGGAUGUGGCAGAGACAGUCAGGGUGUUUUUUGAGACCAACAAGAAUGUAGAACCCUUGAAGAAGAGUAUCCUGUCCUUACAAGAGGUGGACGGCCUCCUGGCUGCUCUGUCUAAAUUCACCAAGGAGGAUGAGCAGCUCAGACUGCUGACGAAAAUUGCUAAAAGAUGUACCGGAAACGAUUUGAAAAUGGUGGUCCGUCUCAUCAAACACGACCUUCGCAUUAACUCAGGAGCAAAACACAUAUUAGACGGCCUUGACCCUAAUGCAUAUGAAGCAUUCCAGGCAUCCAGAAAUCUGAAGGACGUCGUGGAGAGGGUUCAAGCCAACGCCGAGGAGAGCAAGCCAGGCAUGAAGAAGAAGUUGAGCAUCCGAGCCUCACUCAUGACUCCCGUACUUCCCAUGCUGGCAGAGGCUUGCAGGUCGGUGGAGCAGGCCAUGAAGAAGUGUCCUAAUGGAUUCUACGCCGAGAUCAAGUAUGACGGAGAGAGGGUGCAGGUCCACAAGAAGUCCGACGAGUUCCGGUACUUCAGCCGCAGCUUGAAGCCUGUCCUGCCUCACAAGGUAGCCCACUUCAAGGAGUUCAUCCCCAAGGCGUUCCCGUCGGGCGACGAUCUCAUCCUGGAUGCGGAAGUGCUUCUGGUCGACACCAACACAGGCAAACCCCUGCCGUUCGGAACACUUGGCGUACAUAAGAAAGCUGCAUUCUCGGAAGCUAAAGUGUGUCUGUUUGUGUUCGACUGUCUUCACAUCAAUGGGGAAAACCUUAUGGACAGACCCAUCAAGAAGAGGAGGGCGAUACUGCAGGACAACAUGCAGGAAAUACCCAACAGAAUCAUGUUCUCCGAGUAUGAACACAUUAAGAAGCCAAGUGACCUCCAGUCCAUGAUGGACAAGGUGUUCCGAGAGGGCCUGGAAGGACUCGUGCUGAAGGAUGUCAAUAGUAACUACGAACCAGGAAAGCGACACUGGUUGAAGGUGAAGAAAGACUAUUUGCAUCAGGGCAGUAUGGCCGACUCUGCUGACCUGGUGGUCCUGGGGGCGUACUUUGGCACAGGAAACAAGGGUGGCAUGAUGUCUAUCUUCCUGCUAGGCGUUUACGACCCCAAGUCUAAGCUGUGGUGCACGGUGACGAAGUGCGGCAGCGGUCUGGAUGACAAGAUGCUGGAGAAGCUGAACAAGGAGAUGGACAUGGUGAAGAUCAGCAAGAACUUCACCAAGGUGCCCAUGUGGCUCAACAUCAAGAAGCCACUCACGCCAGACUUUGUCGUCACCGACCCCAAGAAGGCUCCAGUCUGGGAGAUCAUCGGAGCCGAGUUCAGCAAGGCAGAGGUUCACACUGCUGACGGAAUCUCAAUCAGAUUUCCCAGAAUUCAGAAAUUCAGGGAUGAUAAGAAUUGGGAGAAUGCGACAGAUCUACCCAGAUUGAAGGUCCUGUACAAAGAAUCCAAGGAGAAGACAGACAUUGAAGUCCCCAAGAAGACAGGCAAUGAUGAAAGUAACGGUAAUGGUGCGAAGCACAGCAGCGGCGACAGUGACAGCAUGGACGUUGACAUCCCCAUGAAGAAAACACCGGUCAAGAGACAAGCAGAAGAUGAAGGAUUGACCACACCCACCAAGAAGUCUAAACCAGAAUGCAAGUAUGGCUCCUCCUGCUACCAGUCCAGCCCCUCCCACAAGGCAGCCUUCUAUCACCAAGCAGGUGGCAGCACCCCCCACAAGUCACCGUCCAAGCCCCCCACCCCUGGGGUAGCCAGUUCCUCCAAGACCCUACCCAACAUCUUCACAGGCUGCAAGAUAUUCCUGCCAGAAAGCACCGAGAAGUUCAAGGAGCUCAAGCGGUACAUCAUAGCUUUUGACGGUGACCUGUUGGCAGAGUUCAGUAAGGGAUCAGCUACACAUAUUGUGUCUUCUAAGGGAAAGAUUGGCACAGUGGGUGGCAAGGCCAAGGUUGUGACCCCGGAGUGGUUGUGGCAGUCAAUCAAGAAGAAACGACUUGUAUCCACAGAAGUGUACAGGCCCUGAACAGGGACAUUCAGACUUUUAUCCUGUUUUAUAUGCAAAGGACUAAACAAUACAUGUGUUGGCUCGAGCUGGCUCAGUUGACACAUGAAAGGGCUUCACUUCAAGAAUACAGGUCAAGGCCAUAUGAUUGUUGGCAGCAUCUUUUGGAGGUUUUAGUGAAUAUGAAACACAGUGGAGUCUGCUGUAAAGGGCGGCUCCACUCCCAGCAUGCCCUGGGGGUUGGGGGGUUGAUGGUGGUCGGGUAGCCUAGUGGCUUAA